AUGGCUCAACAAACACGAGGCGUCGUUCUUAAUCAAGUCAACGUAAAUGAUACACGCGAUGGUAGACCAGAUGUCGACAUCAUUGCCGUUCACGGCCUGGACACAAGGUCACCCGACACGUGGACAUGGCGAUCCAAAGACCGAAACAAGCCUGACGUGAAUUGGCUUGUCGACCGUGAUAUGCUUCCACACAAGAUGAAAAGAGUUCGAAUCUUCACUUGCAAUUGGCCAGCCGACUUAUUUCAAGAGUCAGACUCAAUUCCUUGGACAGUCGGAGAAUUUGCUAGGCGUCUACUGGCUGGAAUCCACAAUAUAAGACUUCCCUUGGCAGCAGAUGGUCGGGAUAGAGACCGGCCAAUUGUUUUUAUCGCGUCGUGCCUUGGAGGUAUCAUUUUAAUGGAAGCUCUUAUAAUGGCUAACAAUCCACAAAGCGACUAUAUUUCUAUCAGAAAAGCUACGCGUGGUAUCAUCUUUCUUGCUACACCAUUCAGAGGAACUGCGUUUCAAGAUAUAGCCUCAUGGGCAGAUCCGUUGCUGAAAACAUGGGCCUCGCUUGGAAACCGAUCGGUGACACAGCUACUCGAAAGUGUAAAGGGAUCUAACUUCUAUCUUGAAGAACUUGUGCGCAGCUUCACUCGGCUAUGCCAGGAUACAUGCGACCCUUGCAAAGUCCACACUUUCUAUGAAACACGUGGGACGGUUCUUCCGGGAAAGUUUUUGCCGUCUUAUUUCCUUACCUUUUUUGACCAAUCGAAGCCUCUGGUCAAUAGCGCCUCGGCAACUCUGGAUAUCGAUUCAAACCCACUGCCGCUCGAACGACGUCAUGUAAUGAUGAACAAAUUCUCUGGGCCUGAUGAUCUUGACUACAUUACUGUUGUUGGAAGGCUCGAGGCACUUCUUCAACUAGUUCGAGAUAGACCACCGCGGCAGGCGGAUAUUUGGAUCCACCACAAGCACUAUACAGCAGAUAGGCUCCAGAUUGAAAGACUCUCUGGUGACAGGUUGCCGAUGGAGCAGUGCUAUAUCAACCUUGUUAUUGUGGCGCGGCCAGGAGAAAAGGCAUAUAAGCCAACUUCAGCUCAGUCCUUUCCAUUUUCACUACUCGCCCGACAGAAAGCUGAAGCUGCAGAUGAUGUAAGUGAAAGAAAGAGUCGGGUUGAUUUGUCAACACUCUUCAAUGCACGCAAAGAUGAAGAUGGCGGCGUGGUCAAUCCCAGAAGAGUCUUCAUCCGAGGAUCCGCGGGAGUGGGGAAAACUACACUGUGCAAAAAGAUUAUCCAUGAGUUUUAUCAAGGCACAUGGAGCGACUGGAAUAAGAUCUUUGAUCGCAUCCUUUGGGUGCCUUUACGGAAUUUGAAGUUGAAAGAAAGAACGAGACCAGGAUACAACUAUGAAUGUCUCUUCAGCGACGAGUAUUUCUCAUUGCCAGAGAGCAAGCCGGAGCUGGCUCAAGAACUGUCUAAAGCAUUAGUGGCCGAUAAUAGCAGGACUCUCUUUCUACUUGAUGGUCUGGACGAGGUGUCACAGUAUUUGAGAGGCGAAGAUGCAAUGUCCCUCUUCCUCGAAGACCUUCUGAAACAAGCAAACGUUAUUAUUACGUCUCGGCCGUCAAUCAAUUUCCAGCCCAAAAUAGACCUGGAAUUAGAGACGAUCGGAUUCGAUCCAAAGCAGGUGAAAGAAUACCUCUACGCUGACCCAGACACAAAGCCGAAAGUUAACGAGAUUGAGACUUUCCUUCGAGACCAUUGGCUGCUUCAGAGUCUCGUGCGAAUCCCAAUUCAGCUGGAUGCACUCUGUUACGCUUGGAAUGACAUCAGCGCCGGGGUAUCCUUGGACACUAUGACCGAUAUCUACCAUGCCAUCGAGCAAAGGCUAUGGAGGAAGGAUAUCGUGCGACUGGAGCGAAUCUCAGGCAGGGUCCAAUCGCCUCUUCCUACGGAGAUAAACAAUCGAAUCAAAUCCGAGGCUGAGAUUCUGCAGUUUCUUGCCUUCAGUGGAAUGUAUAGUGACGUAAUAUAUUUCACCGCCGCACAUCGAGACAAGAUAGUUCAGGUAUUCUCUUCAGUUGGGUUACUACUGGACGAAACACUUGGACGACUUUCUUUCCUACGCACAUCUGAUUCGUCAUCCAAAAUCAAGGACAGAAGUUAUCACUUUCUUCAUUUGACCUUUCAAGAGUAUUUUGCGGCAAAAUAUUUUGUUCAGAGCUGGACAAAUAGAGAGGAUUUAUGCAUAUUAGAACUUGAUAACCACCAAAAGAGAGCUAAUGUUAUAAAAGUUGAUCCCAACAGUUUCCUGCGAGAAAGAAAAUACGACGCACGAUUUGACAUCUUUUGGCGCUUUGUUGCAGGUUUGCUCCACACAGAAUACGAUGAAGACCAGCUGUGCCGCUUCUUCUUAACGAUCGAGGACCAGCCACGCGACCUCUUGGGUCCAGUACAUCAGCGAUUGACCAUGCAUUGCUUGAGUGAAGUGGUACCGUCGGAUGAGAUGAGACUGUUUGUUCCUUUGAGGAAAGAGCUGGAAGAUCAACUGUCUCAAUGGUUGGAAUUCGAAUGUAACUUCCGAGAGACGUCACGACUGGCCAGUGAAAUUGAGUUUCCAGAACGCAGCUUGAACAGUGUCUUACUACGAGCAUCUGAAGAUGUAAAGAUAAAAGUUAUAAAAUCGCUAGAAAGGCGGUCACAGUUGCCACAGGGUACAAUAGAGCUGAUAACUGACUGGUUGAAGGGCAAUCCUUCGCGGCUCUUAACAUCUACUACGCUUGAGAUGCUCUGGUCACAUAAUUAUUUGCCACCCCAGUCACUCAAAGUUGCCGUAGCAGCACAGCUGAAAGACCAAGAUCCUGAGAUUCGAUUAUUCGCUUUGAGGGCGCUUAGAAGUCCAAAAUCCCCCCCAGAUGAUAUACAGGUCGCAAUAGCGGCACACCUGCAAGACGAAGAUAAAAAUAUACAGAAUGAGGCAUGCAGAAUACUCAAACAUCUACCAGUUUACUCAAAGAACUGCCCACAGGCUAUAGCAACCUGGCUAGUAACUCAGGAUGAGGAUAUUAAGAAAGUUCGGUCACUGCUUCUUCGAUGCCAACAAGGAAUUCCUGGCGAAAUUCUUUAUAAGCUUGCCAUGAAGUGCAAAGACGAAGAUAAAGAUGUUAGGGAGGCAAUACUACAACUAUUCCCGCAGUAUUUGGUACCAGAUGCUAUCUUAGAUUUCAUCGUAAGCCAAUUUAAGGAUCAAGAUCCGGAUAUUAGGUACUACACUCUCUUUGCUCUGAAAGAUCACCCAGGGCUGUCUACAAACAUCCUCAACCAAAUAGCAGAACAACUGGAAGAUCAGGAUGAACAAGUUCGAAGCAUGGCAGCAUCUACACUUGGAAACCAGUCAGAAUUAUCUCAUGAGCUCCUUAAAGCUCUGGCAUUACGACUGGAGGAUAAAGAUGUUAAUGUUAGAAUCUCCGCAACAGAGGCGCUCUGCCGUCGGUCCUUACCUGAAGACAUUAUUGAAGCGAUAGCAGGACGUCUUACAGAUAAGAUGCGAAGUGUUCAAAGGAUGGCGUUAAGAGCCCUCCAAGCGCAGUUGACUUUACCGGCGAGGAUCCUUGAAGCCGUAACGCAAAAAAUUAAUCUUGAAGAUGAAUACAUUAUGAGGGAGGCGGUUCGAGUACCCGGAAUUCAUUCGACGCUACCUGAAAACGCAGUUCAAGCUAUGACGGCAUGGCUAGAACAUAAAGAUGAGGAUUUUAAACAGAUAAUGGUGGAAGCUCUUCGAAAGCAACCGAAAUUGCCUGCUACUAUUCUACAAACAACAGCCUUAUAUCGAGGCUUACUUGCAAGAAGCUUUGAGGCGCAUGUCAGCUGCUAUGUUAUGGAUGGAAUCUCUUAUAUCGACAUGCCAGGGGAUCUUGGAAAAGUUCGUUUGGAAGGCCAGCUAAAUGGAUUCAUGGACGCAGUCGCGGAAACUCAAAGGGAAGUCGAAAUCCCGCCUCAGCUUGAACAUGUACAUAGAUAUAGCACUUAG